UGCGCGCAUGAUAGGUGCCCGCGGCGUCGCGAUUGCCACCUUUUAAAACGCUUUAAGCACCGCCGCAGUCGCAAAUUAUAUUCGCGCCGAUCCGUGCACCGAUUGAUUGCGCGCGCGCUCCGAGUGUUGCUGGGCGCCUCCAUCCUGAGUAGCGAUGGCCGAUUUCGCUUCGGUGAUGCAAAAAGUGGACGGGCCGCAGCAGCCGCAACAGCCGGACAACGCCGGGCGGACGGUGGUGGACCAGCAGCAGCAGCAAAACCUGAAGCUGUACAAGUCCCGGUGGAUAAUACUGUUCGUGUACAUGGUGUACUCGAUGGCCAACGCGGUGCACUGGAUACAGUACAGCAUCAUAUCCAACAUCACCGUAAAGUUCUACGGCGUGUCCAACUUCGCCAUAGACACCACGUCCACCAUAUACAUGAUCGUGUACGUGCCGCUGGUCAUACCGGCGUCGUGGGUGCUCGACCGAUUGGGUCUUAAAGUAACCAUGGUAAUAGGCGCUGCUGGCACAUGUCUGGGUGCAUGGUUAAAGGUAUUUUCGGCUGUGCCAGGUCGAUUUCUAAUAACGUUGCUAGGACAAGGUCUGGUGGCAUGCUCUCAAGCAUUCAUCUUGAGUUUACCAUCAAGGUUAGCCGCGGUAUGGUUUGGAUCUACUGAAGUCUCCACAGCAUGUUCCUUAGGAGUUUUUGGCAAUCAGCUAGGAGCAGCACUUGGGUUUUUAAUACCACCAAUGAUUGUACACGAUAGUGAUAACCUAGAAGACAUAGGAAAUGAUUUAUGGAAAAUGUUUGUUUCCUUUGCUAUUGUGAACACCGUAGUAUUCUUUUUGGUUGCUUGGUCUAUACAAGCCGAACCGUUAAUGGCACCAAGUUAUGCCCAAGUAGUACAAAGGAAAAAAAGAGAUGAUCCAGAAAUAUUAAAAGACGUAUUCAUGAGCUCAGUCAAUGAGUUGCUAAAAAACAACGGUUACAUUUUAUUGUUGAUAUCUUACGGUAUUAACGUAGGCGCCUUUUUUGCUAUAUCGACGCUGCUUAAUCAAUUUAUUUUGCUCUACUUUCCGGGCCACGAAGAAGACGUUGGACGAAUUGGUCUUACAUUAGUAUUAUGUGGCUUAGGAGGUUCGAUUAUUUGUGGUUACAUUCUGGAUAAAACACAUCUAUAUAAAGAAACAACACUCGUGGUAUACGGCAGCACGUUGAUCUCGAUGCUGAUCUACACGUUCAGCUUGUCGAACGGCCAGUCCAUCUGGAUCAUAUAUAUUACGGCUUCGUUGCUGGGGUUGUUCAUGACAGGGUACCUGCCGGUGGGCUAUGAGCUGGCCAUAGAGCUGACAUAUCCGAUCCCUGAGGGCACAUCCAGCGGACUCCUGAACGGUGGCACGCAACUGAUCGGCUUCAUACUGACGUCUAUCUACAGCUGGGUGUUCAGCACGAUGGGUGACCUGCCAGCCAACAUGAUGAUCGUCGGACUGUUGAUAUUUGGCUUCGUGUUGACCAUAUUCAUACCGACCAACCUGAAGAGACAAACUGCCCACAAGGCGAUCGACGACAAACAUAAUUUGGGACUUGGACUCUGAAACGGUAUAUAUAUAUAUAUAUAUAUUAUAUGUAUAUAUAUAUAAUAUACAGAUAAUACAUAUAUAAUAUACACAAAAUACACGCGCAUACGCAUAGGUAUAUUGAACAUUGUAAAUGCGUCCAUAGCCCGGCAGCUGAGUAUAUCGUGUAUGAUUUUCAAUAUUGUAUACGAUUUUUUUCUUUCUCUCUAUCCUCUUGUCAUCGGAUUCCUUUACUGAUGUAUUUUAUAUUUUAUAAAUAUAUAUAUAUAUUUUUUUUUUUUA